CUUUCACCCGGAGCACCUCACCGGUUUUUGCACAUUCGAUCUCUUCUUCGCGUUUCGAUGUAUUCAUUUCUCUGACACUCGCAUUUUCUCACGAAAACGAUGCUUGCCCUUUUGAAAAAUGCUCCAGCAAUAAUUAAUUAAAUUUAAUUGACUUGGAAUGACAUAAUACGUAGAGUACAUAUUACGCUAUAGAAUAGACUGUAUAUAACUUAUGUGUUAGGCUUCUCCUGUUUCAAAUUUGGUUUCCUAAUUUCACGCAAAAUUCUCAAAAUCGAGAAAAGAAGAGAAAAGAUCAAGAAAAUCAAGUCUUAAAUAUUUUUUAUUUAAUAAUCCCCCAGCUCUGUGUGUUGUGUUUGCGCGUGUUUUUUCUUUUCCAUAUUUUCUUUGUGAUAAAAUCUAAAUUCCUCUCCUUCGUUAUUUCUCUUUUGAGGCUCGAUAUGGAGAUGAUUCAUAUCGAAUGAGGAUGAAUCACUCCCGGAAAAGUCCUUCAUAUACGUGGAGAUGAACGAAAUACAGUUCUGGUAGAUAACUUGCGAGAUUUAUCACGAAUCUGGGAGUGAUAACCGGUGAUAAUUAUUAUCACUCGCGUACGCCCAGCGUAGUUUCAAAUCAGAAUCGCUCGUUAUGUUCCCAUUUGUAAAGGAACGAAGUGUGCUAGCCACCGUCAUCGGGAAGACAAUACUUUUUAGACAAUACUCUUCAUCGGGUCUAAGACGACAUCAGAAUUUCGAUUGAAAAUGGCAGAUGAUCCGAAUCGUGAUAUCUUGCCGGUAAAAGAAGGUUCCUGCGCGGAUACAAUCAACAGUGUCAUAGAUCCUAGGGAACGUCAUCUCGUUUGCAAGCUUGAUCGCUAUCAGCUGGAAGACAAGUAUCUACGCGUACUCGAUGAGAUGAACAAUCUGAAGAAAUUAUCCAACUGCCAGGAAGAUAAGAUCAAGCGGCUUGGAACGAAGUUGAUUAGACUAGCAGGCAAUCCAAGAUCAUGUGGACUAGCAUUAGAUAUCGCCGACGAUAGAACGACCGCUUUGGAGCUUGAAAAUACCAAGCUGAAGGAGAAAAUUGCCGUGAUGAGGAAUCAAUUGUUGAGUCACACGAUGAGCGGCAGAUCGUCGUCGCGCAGCCGUAAUCUCGUUAGACCAUCGUCUUCCGGGCUUGUGACGUGUCGAAGCGAGAAUAUCCGCGCGAGAGCGCCGUCCUGUCAAUGCAUCGUCGGUGCGGGGGACGAUAAUAACGACACACAAAAUUACCUCAUUAAAAUCGAGAAACUGGAAGUACAAAAGAAAGAUAUGGCAUGUCGUAUAAUGGAAUUAGAGAAAGAGUUAACGUUUUUGACAAAUAAUCAAAAGGAGAAGGUCGCGGAAAAUGUAGAGUAUAUACGAGUAUGGCGGCAAAUGAAGCAACUGAACGAUAAACUAAUGACGACUCAGGAAAAGAACACUGCACUGACCAGUGAAAUUAAUGACUUAAAAACAACUCUUGAACAAACGACAAGGAAUAAUCAGGAAAUCGCCGCCGUUCUUUCCUCGGAGAGAACGCGUAUGGCCGAAAUUGAUGACCAAAUGUUAAAGGCAAAGAAUUCACAAUUUACGUUACGCGAGAAGGAUGAGCAGAUACGGGAUCUUAUGAACGAAAUUAAAAUAUUACAACAACAUAAUAACGAACUUAUCGGACUCACUUCAAAAUACGGUCAAGUCGAAUUAGAGAAUGUUGAAUUAAAAAAAAGACUUUCUGAAGAUGCUCAAGAACAACAGAUUUUGAAGACUGCAUUCAAUAAUGAGCAGGCUAAUAUUGUAGCAUUAAAGGCGGCCAAUGAACAAUUGCUCGCAAAACUUCAAGAAUUGCAGGGAAACAUAGAUACCUUGAUGGUACAAUUAACGUCUUUAUAUACGCAAGAUAAAAUGCGCGACGGUAAACCAACGGUACCACCGUAUACGGAACAAUGUAGAAGAUGUUGCGAAAUGUAUGAUAAAAUUAUGCAGUCGGAAAAAACUGGUAAUAUUCGGGAAAAUUGGCAAUUAGUGGAUAAAUCGGUACAGACAAUCGUCGUUAGUAGCACCAGGGAACAGGGUACAAUGAUAAUUUCAAAUAAUGAAGGCAAAGCAUCAUUGAAGGAAUGGAAUACGACUCAGGAAACAAACGGCACGAAUGUUUUAUCCCGCGAAAAAAUACUAAAGCUGUUGGAUCAAGCACAGAUUAACACACCUCUGGAUGCGUCGAGGAUCGCUCCUAAGGAAGAAUACGCGAGCACUUUGGACGUAGCUCAGAGGCACAGCGAUAGCAGAAUAUCUUCUCAACAUGAUGCGUCAAACUCUGUACAGGAGAAUUCACAGAAAAGAUUUACAUAUUUAGAGAAUUCGAACAUAACUCUAGGUCAAAUGUUUUUGAUUUUAUUUGACGUUUUACAAGGACUUUUGUUUAAUGAUACCGAUAAAAAACCAUCUUUGAACUGUCAAGGAUCUGCGAUCAGGGAUAUGCUAAUUGACUCCAACAACAACAAUCUUCAUACGAUUAUUACUAACAAUAUUAAACAGCAUGAUUGUAGUACGGAAACAACAAAAAAUUUUGAAACUGAUUAUUGUGCGAGCUGUUUUCAUCCUACAUGUAAAAAGAAAUCUGCAACCAUCUUAACAAGAGAUAUUGAUUCAUCGAUGAAAAACACAUUUGAUGCUGCUUCCUUUCCUAUAACUCACGAGAAGUACAAAAAAUCGUCGUAUCGAGAUAUUAGUACAGAUUUCUGCCCAGAAAAGUCAAUAAAGUUAAAAAGAUUAAAACCGUCACGUUAUACCAGGUGUAAUUUAACGUGUCACUUGCGCAAAGUGAAAGAUCCAUUGUCCCUGCAGGAGAAACUUAAAUUACCCUGCAAAAUCGAAUGUUUAAAAGAUAGCGUGCAGUUACCAAAAUGCGCAAUGGAGUUUUCUCCUUUAUUAAUUACUGACAAGCAAGGUCUCAUUGAGAUUCAUAUUUCGCGAUUGCAACUUUCUACAUCGGUCGCGAAAAUCCCGGAUGAAGAAGAUAUAUGUAAUUUUUACAUUUACGUAAGCUGGGAUAUUUGGGACGAGAAGACCGCUUACACACCGAAAAUGAAAUGUCCCAAUUUGAUCUUUAAUUCGUCCUCUGUAUAUCGCAUAGCAGAUCUCUUCUCCUUCUUUGAGAAUGUACUGUCAGAUUAUCUCUUUUUCCGAGUGAACAUUGUUCGCCGAGAUAAUACCAACUACACGCUCGCUCGGGCGAAAGUCUCCAUCAAAGACAUCUUAGAUUAUCCACAGAACAAAUUGCAUUACAUUGUACCCGUGAACGGCAUUAUUCCUUCAUUUCUUGGUGUCAAUUUUGGGCAAUUGUCGUUGUGGGUUCGAUUGAGCUGCAACGUUGACAUGGUCAAAUCUUUUAAAAAACAAUACGAUAUAAACUCAUUGAAAGAUACUCUCCCUACGCCUCCAGUAAAGAAAGAUAUAACUGACGUAUCUCGAAAACCUCUUUUUCCACAUUCUACGAUUCCUCCACAUGUCAGUGACGUGAUGUCGAUCAAAGAUCAACAAAAGGAUAGUUUGGUGUUCCAAGAUUCAAUGGAUCAAGACACCCAAUCACUACUAGACUCAAGUUUUCAAUAUGAAAUUGAAAACUCGGAUGAUGAAAAUUCAAAUAAUGAAGAAUUGACUUUAUCCACCAAUGCAACAAAUAAAAUGUCUAAAGAAGAGAAUGGGAUGAUUACAGUAAGAAAUCUAGAUUCCAAAAUGUAUAAUAACAACGAGAAAAAAGAAAAUAAUGCUUCGAGGGACUCACCGAGCGUGACGGAGUUAAGGACAUUACUCGCGAAUGGCCGUGAAAAGGAUGCGAUAAUCAUAGAAAUAGUGAGCAUGCAGCUUUUAAAUGAAAGUUGCAUUAUGCAGGACGAUGAGAUACAGUUGCUUUAUAUAGAAUAUUCCUUUCUCGGGAAUUUUGGCGAAGAUAUGGAGACCGUUUCCGUUGAGAAAUCAAAAACAAGUGAUCAAGAAAUGGUCUACAAUUAUAAAAAAAAAUUUUGGAUAAAUAAAGCAACACAUCCUAUACAAAGAGACAAUUUGCGCGCUAUGUUGGCCGAAACUACAAGUCCGAAUAUUACUUUUACCAUUAUGAGUGAACCAUUACCCGAGGAAAGAGAAGUUAAAGACUGUAAAGAAGUUGGUUAUGCAAUUUUUAACCUUAAAAAAUACGCGCUUGGUGAGGAAUAUCAAUAUAUAUUGUUGCCAAUCAAGGAUAAUCAAAAUAAACAAAUUGGUACUCUAAAGAUUGUUGUGUCUGGUCUGAAUGCUAUUCGACAAUGUUUAUCGGAAUUAAAAUAGAUCAAUUAUGAUAGAUAAUAGCAAUGUGGAAGACCAAUGUCACAUAAGCAUUUAGAUUAUUAGAAAAAGAUUGAAUUAAAGUUAAAAGAGUAAUCUUUUGAAUCGACAA